CUUUUCUUUUCCUUCUCCGGCAACCAGCAGAAGAGCAAAAACUGGGGACCCGGAUCUGCUUUUUCUUCUUCUUGACCCUUGUUUUUGAAAAGGAAGCUUUGAGGCCAUAAGGCCGGCUGGGCCUCUCGGAAUCAGCAAGAGACAGAUACACAAAAAGUUGGGUUCCGUGGUCUCCAUAAGCGAACCCUUUCCUCCCCACUUCUCCCGCAGCAAAACAUCGAAAGAGUCCGACGGUCAUGGCCGGAGGAGGGAAAGUUUCCUUCAAAGUUACUCUCACCUCUGAUCCAAAACUCCCCUUCAAAGUAUUCAGCGUUCCAGAGGAAGCCCCAUUCACGGCGGUGCUGAAGUUUGCGGCAGAGGAAUUCAAGGUGCCCCCUCAGACCAGCGCGAUCAUAACAAAUGAUGGUGUAGGGAUCAACCCGCAGCAAAGUGCAGGCAAUGUCUUCCUGAAACAUGGAUCUGAGUUGCGCCUUAUUCCUCGAGACAGAGUCGGAGGCACAGAUAUAUGAUCAUUAUUUUCUAGAUAUGCUGCUCCUGGAAAUGAAAUAUGACAUUUUGCAAUUAUGUUCUCAUGAAUCAAAAUUUUAUCUGCCGAGUUGUGGCCUUAUAGAUGCAUACCUUAAAUAUUUUUAUAGUUGAAAAAUAACAUAGCAAGGAACUUGAAAUAA